AUGACUUUGUGCCAGGUAACGACAGCGCUGCUCCUGGCAGUGCUUGAAGUGGUUCCGCCGAUCGUUCUCACAGACGAGGCGAGGCAUCUUUGCUGCUUGCAGUUUUGGGCAGACUCGACAUCUGCUUCCCUCCUGCUAGGAAGCAUCUUCAUCACCACCGGCUUUCAGUGGGCCACCGUUGGCACGAACGCCGGCCUCAGGUCGCCUCUGGUCGCUGUGUUGUUGGGCACUUUGCAGCCGCUCACCGCCGUAGCUUUGGUGCUGGCCUUCAGCAACUCGCCGUUCUGCCAGGCGCUGGGCCUGAAGCGGCGGGACUCUCCGCUAGAGAUUGCUGGAAUCUGCUGCCUCAGCCUGGGCCUGCUGGUAGGCGGCCUAUGCAGCCUGGACUCCCUGAAAGAAACCAGACGGAGACAGCUCAGAGCCACGUCGGAGCCUGGAGACCAGACCCUGGAAUUCCUCGACCGCCGAAGAGCUCCUGGGUGCGAAAGUUGA